AUGAUUAGGUCCACUUUUGACAGAUCCGUCAGCAGAGCUGGCCGAGUGGUUGCUAUCUCUAAAUUUCACACCACCUCUUUUGUUUUCAGUGAAAAGCCUCCCACCACACCAUUAAAAGUUUUUCUUGAUACUUUUCGACAAGAGGUUAAAAAAUCUAGCGAAUUAAAAGAGAAUAUAAAAGCUUUGCAAGAUGAGUCUGGAAGGCUAGCAGAGUCUGAGGCAUUCAAAAGAGCUAAGGAAGCCUACGCUAAAGCCCAAAAGGGAAGUAGUGCAGCAGGGGUGAUGGUGAAGAAGACAGCAGACGCCGUUGGCGAUGUGGCACAAAAAGCUUGGGACUCGCCUGUGGGGAAAGGUGUCAGAACAUCAGUUCGCGUUAGCGCAGAAGCAGCAGAUAAGGCCUUUGAGCCAGUGAGAAAAACUCAAAUAUAUAAAGAUGUUUCUGAGGUGAUUGACGAUGGGUCAUCUACAUCGUAUGGAGGGUUUUUAACUAAAGAGCAGCGACAAUUAUUGAGGCAAAAGGAAUUAGAGAGGAGGUUGAAGGAAGGAUACAGCGGGCCCGUGAAGGAGAAUGAAAAGGCUGGAUCCGAAUUAGUGGCCACUGAAGAAAAAGCAUCGGGGCCAUCUGUGGGCGAGAAAUGGGAUACUUUUAAACAAAAGUCGCCGAUUGGUAAAGGAAUCGCAUAUUUGAAAGAAAGGUGGGACGAAUCGGAAAACGGGUUAAUUAGUGUUGUACGUACGAUAAUUGAAAAAGUUGCCGGUUUUUUUGCAGAAACAGAACAAGCAAAGACAAUUAAACAAUUUAAAUAUAUGGAUCCUUCCUUUCGUCUCACGGAUUUUCAAAAGACAUUAACCAACUAUAUUGUUCCUGAGAUUAUUGAUGCUUAUAAUAAAAAUGAUGCCAAGGUUCUUAAAGAAUGGUUUAGUGAAGCUCCAUACAAUGUUUGGGAAGCACACAACAAACAGUUUAUCCAACAAGGGUUAUUUUCAGAUAGCAGGAUUUUGGACAUUAGAGGAGUCGAUGUGGUUACUUGUAAAAUGUUGCAACCAAAUGAUACUCCCGUUAUUGUGGUGAGCUGUAGAGCUCAGGAGAUUCAUUUAUAUAGAAAUGCGAAAACGGGAGAGAUUGCUGCAGGUACUGAGGAUCAUAUUCAGUUAAGUACAUAUGCUAUGGUGCUCACAAGAAUCCCAGAGGAGUUUGAUAACAAGACGACCGAAGGAUGGAAAAUAGUUGAGUUUGCCAGAGGUGGGUCAAGGCCAUUCCAUUAA